AUGGACGAUCUUGCGAACCUCGAGUUUCUGUCGCUCGUUUCAAAAGUCACGUCGGAAAUACAGAAUCAUGUUGGCGUCUCGGACAAGACGCUCGCGGAAUUCGUGAUUGACCAGCAUGCGAGCUGCAAGAGCGUCACCGAAUACAAAGACCAGCUCGAGGCCAUGGGCGCGGAGUUUCCGCAGAGUUUGGUAGAGAGCAUCGAUCGCCUUAUCUUGACUCUGCAUCCCAAGUACAAGAAGAGCGCGAACGGAAAGAAGACAGACGCAGAAGAUGGACAAGACGCGAAUCGCAAGACUCGCGUCUUCAAGGGUCUGGCAAUACCGGAUAAGGAGGUUCAGUACGAAGUGGCAGAUGAAGAGCCAGUGGCUGGAGCGCCGGAAAUCGAUGCGCUUGACGAUACCUUUGCGAUGCUCGAGGGACUGGCAGGGAAGGCACCGGGCAAGCCCAAGGAACGGUCGCGAAAGAGGAGCAUGAGCCCAUACGACAGCGACGACGAUACAAACAGGAGCAAGAGGCACAGGCGCAAAAACAAGUCACGGUCACGUUCACGGUCACGAUCGCGUAGUCCCAGGCGACGACAGGAAGAACACGAUGAGCUGGUCUUCCAAGACGAAUUUGGCCGCACAAGAACCGUCAAGCGCCAAGACAAGACACGCAGCCGGAAAAAGUACAGAGACGAAGACCUCGACGAGUUCCGACGACCGCCUACGCCCGAGCUUGACGAUGAGCCCGUUCUAUACAAGGUUUAUGACGGCAAGGUUACGGGCGUCAAGGACUUUGGCUGCUUCGUGAAUCUGCAAGGCGUGAAGGGCAAGGUCGACGGACUCGUCCAUGUCACACAAAUGGUCGAAGGCGCGCGCGUCAACCACCCGUCCGACAUCGUGUCAAGAAUGCAACAAGUCAAAGUGAAAGUGGUCAAGAUGGAGAAUGGCAGGAUAUCGCUGUCAAUGAAAGAAGUGGACCAGCAGUCUGGGCGCGACCUCGCUCCUGGGAAGCGCAUUGCAGCAGGUGCACCAAACUUUGCCUCGGGCGCAAACUCUCAGGGAUUGGGUGGCAUUCCCGGUAUUGACGCAGCCGUGCCCGUCGUAGAAGACGGCUACAACGGCCGCAAGAACGGUACGAGAAAGCGAAUGACUUCACCUGAAAGAUGGGAAAUCCAACAGCUUAUUGCUUCUGGCGUAAUACCCAAGUCAGACUAUCCUGAACUUAAUGAGGACUUCAACGCACAUGUCAAUGGCGAGGGCGGCUUCGAGGAAGAGGAAGACGUCGACAUUGAAGUACGCGAGGAGGAACCGCCAUUUUUGGCUGGACAGACCAAGCAAUCCCUCGAACUUUCUCCGAUUCGAGUCGUCAAGGCGCCUGACGGCUCGCUCAACCGCGCUGCCAUGGCAGGUGACACGCUUGCGAAAGAGCGUCGUGAUCUCAGACAACAAGAAGCACAAGAGAAAGCAGCGAAGGAGGCAGCGAAUGUCGAUCUCAGCCAGCAAUGGAACGAUCCUAUGGCCCAGACAAAACAAUUCGCAAGCGAUCUCCGCAAUACACGCACAAAUCAGCCCAGCGAGUCGCAACCAGAGUGGAAGAAGAUCUCGGCCGGUAGUCGAGAUAUCUCCAUGGGCAAGCGCACUGACAUGAGCAUCAAAGAUCAAAGGGAGUCCUUGCCUGUUUACAAAUUCAGAAAACAGCUUCUCGAGGCCGUAGCACAGCACCAGAUAUUGAUCGUCGUUGGUGAUACUGGAUCUGGCAAGACUACGCAAAUGACUCAAUACCUUGCUGAAGCCGGAUAUGCCAACGAGCUGGUUAUUGGAUGCACACAGCCUAGACGUGUUGCAGCCAUGAGUGUAGCCAAGCGUGUAGCAGAAGAAGUAGGCUGCAAGCUUGGAAACGAGGUCGGAUACACUAUUCGAUUCGAAGACAACACAUCACCAGACACAAGGAUAAAAUACAUGACGGACGGUAUCCUCCAGCGAGAGAUUCUGCUGGACCCGAUGCUUAACAAGUACAGCUGCAUCAUGUUGGACGAGGCCCACGAACGUACGAUCGCUACGGACGUGUUGUUUGGUCUGCUGAAGAAGACACUUAAGCGCCGGCCUGAUAUGAAGCUCAUCGUCACCAGUGCCACACUCGAUGCCGACAAGUUUUCUGAGUACUUCUACAAGUGCCCCAUCUUCUCAAUCCCUGGUCGUACCUUCCCGGUUGAGGUCAUGUAUAGCCGGGAGCCAGAGUCGGAUUACCUUGAUGCUGCGCUCGUCACGGUCAUGCAAAUCCAUUUGACUGAACCAGCUGGUGAUAUCUUGCUGUUCCUGACGGGCAAGGAGGAGAUUGACUCGUCUUGCGAAGUAUUAAGCGAACGCAUGAAAGCUCUAGGACCCAACGUGCCGGAGCUGAUGAUUCUACCCAUUUACGGAGCAUUACCGUCAGAAGUUGCGUCUCGCAUUUUCGAGCCUUCGCCAUCGGGUACACGUAAAGUCGUCAUCGCCACCAACAUCGCUGAAACCUCUCUUACGAUUGACGGUAUUUACUACGUCGUCGACCCAGGUUUCGUCAAACAGUCUUCCUACGACGGCAAGCUUGGUAUGGACCGCUUGCAAAUCACCCCCAUCUCACAGGCACAAGCACGCCAAAGAUCUGGUCGGGCGGGUCGAACAGGACCAGGAAAGUGUUUCCGCCUCUACACUGAAGCCGCCUUCCAGAACGAAAUGCUUCCCACUACGAUUCCUGAGAUCCAACGACAGAAUCUCUCGAAUACCAUCCUCAUGCUCAAAGCCAUGGGCAUCAACGACCUCCUACACUUCGACUUCAUGGACCCACCCCCGACCAACACCAUGUUAACCGCCCUCGAAGAACUCUACCAACUCGGCGCCCUCGACGACGAAGGCCUCCUCACGCGUCUCGGCCGCCAAAUGGCCGACUUCCCGAUGGACCCGUCUCUCUCGAAGUCCCUCAUUAAAUCUGUUGACCUCCAAUGCUCAGACGAAAUCCUCACCAUUGUCGCCAUGAUUUCCGCCACGCAAUCCGUCUUCCACCGCCCCCGCGACAAGCAGCAGCAAGCCGAUCAAAAGAAGCAGAAAUUUAACGACGCAUCGGGCGACCACAUCACGCUACUCAACGUGUACAACGGCUGGAAACAAGGCGGAUUUAGCGUGCCGUGGUGUCACGAGAACUUCGUCAUGCCCCGCAACAUGCAGCGCGUCAAGGAUGUGCGCAAUCAAUUACUGCAAAUCAUGGCGCGCCACAAGCACCCCGUCGUGUCCUGCGGCCGCAACACAAUCAAAGUCCGCCAGGCUCUCUGCUCAGGCUUCUUCCGCAACAGCGCGCGCAAAGACCCGAGCGAGGGCUACAAGACGCUCGUCGAGGGCACGCCCGUCUACCUGCACCCCAGCUCCAGCUUGUUCGGCAAACCCGCCGAACAUGUGAUUUACCACAGUUUGGUCGAGACCACCAAGGAGUACAUGCAUUGUUGUAGUGCGAUUGAGCCCAAGUGGCUGGUGGAGGCCGCGCCGACGUUUUUCAAGGUCGCCGGCACGGAUAAGUUGAGUAAGAGGAAGAAGGCGGAGAGGAUUCAGCCGCUGCAUAAUAAGUUCCAGGGUGAGGAUGAUUGGAGGCUGUCAGCGCAGAGGAGGGCGGGGAGGGGAGGUGGUGGGACUUGGGGAUAG